CCGCUCCUCGAGUUACCAAACGAGCUGCUACUCAACAUCGCUGACUUCCUCGAAAAAGAAGUUCAACUCUCACUUCGCCUCUCUUGCCGGCGAUUUCGUAUUCUGUUGAAUGAGUGUCUCGAUGUUUCGCUAUGCGACAUCAAUACGAAGUCACGAUUCUUCAGAUUGUCUUGAACCUGACUAUCCAGCACACCUCCCGUGCCAACCUUGCGGUUUCAUGCACAGAUGGCAAUCUCGGCGAUUUCAGGGCCGCUGCUAUCGUCGUGACUACCAUCAUCCGUCCAUGGAAAUUUGGACGUCGUACUCUUGGUACAUGCCGAAUAUCUGCGUGUCCCGCGAGGUCGUCGAUCUUGUUCUUCGUGCUGACGAAUGGGGUCAUUCAUACGACCUUCCUUUGCCUUAUUUGAGAAAGAGCUGGCAUGGCAAUUACGGCAUCUUCCGCGAAAACGAGGCG